AUGACUAAGUUUGACUCCUCACAUAAUUCCAAAAUCUGUCGACCUGUAGCAUCCUCUCUGUAUGAUCCCCAAACAGCUGAAUGGGCGUUAAAAUCUCCUCCAAUAACCACUGAACCAGAAGCUUUAGUGAUUAUAGCUUCCCAGUCGGAUAACGUUGAGUAAUUCGUCAUGGAUAGAAGAGAACAAAUUGAGAAUUGGUUGGUUGAGGCUUCUGAUGAAGAACAAGUUGGAGGGUCAAAUUCUGAGUCGGAGUUAGACGAGAUAACACAAAGCGAUCAUAAUAGUGCUAGUGAAAUCGACGAACUGUCCGCACACUCCAGUGAGUUUUCAGACAACGAGGACGACGGCUGUGCAGGGCAGUAUGAUAAAUUCUAUUUUACCAGACAUAAUGGCAGAAACGGUCCUAAACAAAAAUGGUCAAAGUCUCCACCAACAAGCUCCACAAGAACACGAAGCCAUAAUAUAAUUUUACACUUACCCGGUGUCAAGUCAUCAGCGAAAUCCGCGAAGACUGCUUUGGAAUGUUUUAGUUUGUUUUUUUCUGAUGACAUUAUCAAUUUGCUGGUAACAUGUACAAAUCAGUACAUCGAAGUAGUCAGAGGCAAGUUUCAAAGGGAACGUGACGCAAAAGAUACAGACGUUGAAGAAAUGAAAGCAUUGCUGGAUGCCUUCGAUUUGAUGAUAGAACAACUCGAGCUGAACGUUUGCAAAUUGAUAACUUAG